AUGUUAUGGCAAUUCUUUAAAAUCGUGGACAAGUUUAGUGAGUAUCAUACGCCGUUUUUGGGACUGAAGUCCCGCUUGACACAGUCUUGGGCAGCGCCGUCUGUACUGAUGGCAGUGCUUUUCCUAGUAAAGCUUCAGCUGCUUAGGAUAACAAUCCAAGCAUUUAUCAACAUUGCCGAAGAAAGCACAGUGGAACUCUGCUCAAUGUCAAACUCAGCCGCCCAGGCGGCACGCGAUGCACCGAGAGCAGCAGCGUUAAUGGCCAACAAGCUGAUAGAUGAGAGCUUGACGCAUAGCGUAAAAGGACUGUUGGAUCUACUGGCAAUGAUUGUGACUGCACUGAAGGGAAUUCUAUUAUUUAUUAUUGAAAUCUACAUUGGAACCUGGGCAUGUUUGACAGUAUCAUUUGUGAACAUCGCUGCUAACGAAGCUCUCAAUGCUACCGAGAGCGUGGUGAAGUUUGCUAAUAGUACUGUUCAUACAGCAGUUCAUGGAGUUGAGGACGGGUUAGAGGAGCUUCAAAAGCUUAUCAAUGGAGCUACUGGGCUCAUUGGAACGAUUGAAAGCUUUGUGAGUGGAAGUGAGAAGCAGAUCUCAAAAGUGAACUUCUCCAUCGGUGCACUAGAGAACUUGAACAUCCCGGACUCUAUCAACGCAGAUUUGGAAAAAUUCAGAACACAUGUGCCGACGUAUGAUGGUGUGAAGACGGACUUAGAAAAUGUUAUAUCAAUUCCAUUUGGUAUGGUCGUAUCAAAGAUAAAGUCUUCUAAUGUGAGUUUUCAUGCAGGUAAUAUCAAGUUACCUCCUUCAACGAGUGUGUCCACUUGUAAUUUGGGCGAUGUGGCUGUAUUCUAUGAACGCUGCUCCAAUGCUGCCGACACAGCGGUUAGUGCCCUCACGGCAGUUGUUUGCAUUGCAAUUGUGUGCCUGAUUUUCUACAACGUCUUUUCAGAGGACCGCAGAUGGAGACGUCACACAGACAUUGCAAUGAGAUUUCGGAGUACAGACAGUUCAGACGAUUUGGGCCAGGAGAUGCGGAACCUCACGGCCAUAUCUGCAGCUGAAUCAAACAUCGUGACGCGGACGGCACUCAAGGUUGCAUCUAAAACAGGUGUCCUAGAAAAAACACCUUUGAUCUCGUGGUACAUUCACUUCAUCACCUACGUGCCGGCUCUGGGUGCGUUAGGCGCGGGGAUAAUCAUGCUUAUUUUGAGUCUGUUUGAGUUUAUCAUUGUCCGAGUUGUUUCGGUGGAGUCCAAAAAGCUGGCACGUUUUAUUGGAAAGUCAUUUAAUGAUACUUCAGCUUCUAUUAAAAGCGACCUAACGUUGUGGCAAUCCUCCACAAACGAGGAGAUCAUGGACUUGCAAAAUGAGAUCAACACACAAAUACUUGGUUGGGUCUCUACGAGUACCAGCACACUAAACAAUACACUCCAAAUCUUUAUGACCAAAAUGAACAACGAGAUAGAGCACGUUUUUGGCAACACGCCAUUCUACAAACCGCUAUCCGCAGUGGUCGAUUGCCUAAUUGGAAACAAAGUGGAAAAGAUGGAGACUGGCUUGACUUGGAUUCAUGAGAAAGCACAUGUCUCGUUCCCGCAAUUAUCUGUUUUGAAUGACACCGUUUUCUCUAAUCAGACAAAGGUCACAUCUGCUAGCCAAAAAGCAAACACUGUGUUGCCAAUGGUCACCGAUGCACUAUACUCUCAAAUUCAAAGUGAGGCAAUUGUCGGAGCUGUUUUUGUCGCUAUCUGGUGUGUAUUUGCCAUCGGUGGCGGUAUUUACGUGUUUCUUCAAAAUAAAAACUACGGUGACUCAAAAUCCAUGGAACAAACUUAUGGAAAUACGAAAAUCCAACGCGAGACCCAAUUUUUUGAAGGCCCCCUUCGUAAACCUUCGCUCAGAUCGCCCGUUCAGGUUCCUGGCCGGUAUGGUAACUGGCACUCUACUGUGACUUCUUACUGCUUUAAGGAGGGCCUUGAAAGUACCUGA